AUGCCACUUCAAGUUUCAACAAAAGAAAACAUUCGUAAACAUUUUGAAAAUGUUUCUUUAGUAGAUAAAACUUCUCCAAAAAAGUUAUAUUCUGUACCUACCAUUUCUUGGGAGUCCAGCUCUAAAUCCGGGGUAGUUAAAACAAAAACUGUAAAAAAAAUGCAUUUGAAAGAAAGUGAAUUUAAUCCAGAAUUAGAACCAUUACUAAAAGAAAAUCCACGUAGGUUUGUUGUUUUUCCUAUUCAAUGGCCUGACAUUUGGAAUAUGUAUAAAAAAGCUGAGGCAUCUUUUUGGACAGUGGAAGAAGUGGACCUCUCUAAGGAUAUAUUUGACUGGAAUCGUUUAACUGACAAUGAGAAACAUUUUAUAUCUCAUGUAUUAGCAUUUUUUGCUGCUUCUGAUGGAAUAGUUAAUGAAAAUCUUGUUGAACGAUUUAGUCAAGAAGUACAGGUAACAGAGGCACGUUGUUUUUAUGGCUUUCAAGUUGCCAUGGAAAAUGUACAUUCAGAAAUGUAUUCUUUAUUGAUUGACACAUAUAUUACAGAUGCUAAGAAAAGAGACUUUUUGUUUAACGCGAUCGAAAAUUUGCCAUGUGUCGCAAAGAAAGCUAACUGGGCAUUAAAUUGGAUUACUCACGAAAGUGCGACCUUUCCUGAGCGUGUGGUUGCAUUUGCUGCGGUAGAAGGUAUUUUCUUUAGUGGCAGUUUUGCUGCUAUAUUCUGGCUAAAGAAAAGAGGUCUAAUGCCAGGACUUACAUUUAGUAAUGAACUUAUUUCUAGAGACGAGGGGUUACAUUGCGAUUUCGCAUGUUUAAUGUUCAAACACAUUAUACAAAAACCACCUCCGGAUCGAGUCACAUCAAUUAUUAAAGAUGCUGUCAAAAUUGAACAAGAAUUUUUAACAGAAGCUUUGCCUGUUGAAAUGAUAGGCAUGAACUGCAAACUUAUGUGCCAAUAUAUUGAAUUUGUUGCAGAUAGAUUGCUUAUAGAAUUAGGCUGUCAAAAGAUUUAUAUGUCUGAAAAUCCAUUUGAUUUUAUGGAGCAUAUUUCUUUAGAAGGUAAAACGAACUUUUUUGAGAAGAAAGUAGGAGAGUAUCAAAAGUGGGGAGUAAUGCAAGAUAGAAUCGAAAGCAAUUUUACAGUUAGUGCUGAAUUUUAA